UAUUUGCUUGAAGAGAGAGGAAGAAAGAUAUCAUGGGUCGAGCUCCAUGCUGUGACAAGGCAAACGUGAAGAAGGGGCCAUGGUCUCCUGAAGAGGAUGCCACGCUCAAAGCCUAUAUUGAACAGAAUGGGACUGGGGGAAACUGGAUUGCUCUUCCUCAGAAGAUUGGGCUAAAGAGAUGUGGAAAGAGUUGCAGACUUAGAUGGCUAAAUUAUUUGAGGCCCAACAUCAAGCACGGUGGGUUCUCCGAAGAAGAAGACAACGUCAUCUGCAGCCUCUAUAUAAGUAUUGGGAGCAGGUGGUCCAUUAUUGCAGCUCAACUGCCUGGAAGGACAGAUAAUGACAUCAAGAACUACUGGAACACUAGACUGAAGAAGAAGUUGCUCGGAAGGCGCAAAGAGUCCAACAUGAAUCGGUUUUCAUCCAUUGGUGCAAAAGAUGCCAAUGACCUAGAAGAUAACUCCUAUUCAAUAGCCUUAAGCAGCUCGGCCCUUGAAAGACUACAACUUCAUAUGCAACUUCAAAGCCUUCAAAAACCUCUGUACCACAACAACACUGCGUUGUGGCCAAAGUUCCAUACCCUGCAAGAAAAGAUGAUCCAAAGCCUGCAAUCUUUGAAUGAAAGUCCUACCCAUCUGUGGCAACAUGCCUUUCCUAGUCCUCUGCAGCCUGGGCAAGGACAAAAAGUUGACUUCUAUGAACCACCCACUGCAGCUAUAAUUCAAGAGGAUUUUGCAAGAAUCAGCAAUACAAGGCCGGUAAGUCAUGAGCUGGAGAGUUCUUUACAUGCUAUCCCAUCCUCACAUAACUCGAUGGCCUUCGUCACUGGAAAUAAUAUUCCAACGGAUUCCAGUACUCUUGUUCCUAAAGCAGAUGGUAUAGAACAUGAGUCUAUUGCUGGAAUUGAAGUUUCAGCCUUCCAAGCUGAACUCGAUGACUUUCUUAGCAACAGAACUGGGGGUUUCGUAUCACAUGAUCAAGAUCAUCAGAUGGUUGAACUUGAUUGUUUCAAAGAAAUGAAUAGUUCAAAGGACAGCAUGAUUUGGUGGUCUAACGUCGACUUCGACACAAACUCAGCAACCUCAAACUCUUGGGACUCCAGUACUUCUGUUCUUCAGUCUGAGAAGAUGUUUCAAGAUUACGAACUAGGUUACAAUCUCUAGUUCGAAGCAUAUAUAGAGAGUGGGCUAUAUAUCGUAAGUUGUGAUUCUCAUAAAACGGGGAAGACGGAGAGAAUUAUGAAUAUGAGAACGCGUAUGCCUUGUCAUUAAAUUAUGUGAUUUGUGAAUAUAUAAUUACGUGACUACGUCAAUGUCCCCAGUUCUUACAAAUUCUGGAGUUUGCUGUGAAAAUUUGGUGCUAUCCUGCAGAGGAAUAUUCAACUUACAGCUCCA